GGAGAAAUGAGGCGCAUCAGCUCGGAGUCCUCGGCGUGGAUAAGUGCCUGUCAGGAUCAGGAGACAGUCGUGAUCGCGCGCUCUCUGUGGAUAACUGGUAUCGCGUCUCCUUGGACUGUGCACCUGCUCCUGAACAUCCUCAGCUCAAACCUGCUAUUUUUUUUAGGAAUAAAACAUGGAACAGAGUAUUUUUCCUCGCUCCUUGUGGACUAAUGACAGCAAAUUUCUCCAUCACCAUGUGGCGGAUUUCUUCACCAGUGUACAAGUUACACAGGAUAUACCUGCUGGAACAUCAUUCGGACCUUGUGUUCUUCAUAAUACCUUUUAUGACACUAUAGCCUUCAUUGCAUUGAAGUCCUCUGACAAACGGAAUAAAUCACAUGCAUUUCGGGUAGAUCCCGAGGCGAUGAAAGGUUCUCCAUUAGUAGUUCCUUGGCUGCGGUUAGUACAGGCUGCAAUGAGCACAGAAGACCAGAAUACUGAGGCCUACUUGAAAGGAGGACAGCUGCACUUUCAGACUAUUCGCGAUGUGAAGCAAGGGGAGGAACUGCUUGUUUGGUACGAUGAGGAGCUGUCACAUCUUUUGGGGUUCGAAGACAUAAAGACAAAAGCCCUGACAGAUGGCUACACAUGUUCGAGAUGCGGCCAAGCCUUUAAGAACGAAAACCCUUUCCUUGCCCACUGUCGUUUUUUAUGUGCACAGGAAAAAGUACAUAUUAUCCGACCAAGCAACGAACAGAAACAAGAAGUCAAGCGACAGCGCAAAAUCAUAGAUUUUCACAACAUUGCAAGAGAUCUAGAACACAAAAAGAACGGUUCUCCUGAAGACAUGGGCAUUCCUAGGAAAAGAAAACAACAAGGUUCCUUAAGUCCCCGGAGCAAAAAAACUGCGUUAUUGGAGAAAACCAACAUCACUAAUUACAGCAACACCGCCAACGUCAACACAGACGGUCCACCUUUUCAGGAUUUGUCAGAAUCAGACAAUUUAUCAACAAAUGAGUCAAACAGAAGUAAAAGCAGCGCAUUUACUGAGGUUAGAAAACCCUCAGGACAGCCAAACCCCGAGCAGACAUCACGGGAUGUAAUGGCGUCUGAAGUAGGCCUGAAAUCUGACUGCAGCGCGUUCUCGUUCGUUGUACCCAAGAGCGCGCACUCGGAACAGAAGAGCGCAUUCUGUGAACCCAACAAACGCACCAUCACCGAAGUUCAGAAUACUUCACCACCAUUUUCGGAUAAUAUCUCAGACUCUUUCAAAUCAAAAACUACACUAGGAUACAGAAAUAUAUUGGCUUCGCACCUGUUUCACGCUGACUUGCCAAGCGCUCAUGCAGGUGGAGUGACGUCCGCUCCUCUGGCUACAGGAGGAUCCUUUUAUUACGCGCCCGAGCAUUGGACCAGAGCUAUAGGUGGCCAGCUACAGUCUACUUCUUUGACACUUUUGCCACCUACGUUCACACCACUGGGUGUUUCAGUGCAGAACUGGUGCGCAAAAUGCAACCUCUCAUUCCGAAUGACCUCCGACUUGGUGUUUCACAUGCGGUCACAUCAUAAGAAAGAGUUCGCCGCAGAGGCUCAGGUGAGGCGGAGGAGAGAGGAGAAACUCACCUGUCCCAUCUGUCACGAGUACUUUCGAGAGCGUCAUCACCUUUCACGUCACAUGACAUCACAUAAUUAAGAAGAAAAACUAUCGCACUUUAAACAGGUACAUAUAAUUAAUUAUUUAAAAUGCAUUGCCCAUAAAUGCAUUUAUACUGUGAUUUAAAUAACACCUUUGCAUCUACCUAGCUGACAAAAAUAUGUUCUAAGACCAUUUUGCUAACGGUAACAUUGAGUUAUGUAAAUGUUAUUUCUUAGUGUUCUCUGACUAUUCGAAAUGUCCAGUUUUUACAUGUUUGAUGUUGGUUAUACGAAAGUUAAGGGAACAUUCCAUUUUAUCAUAUUGCAAACAUUAUGGGAACGUUAGUUUUGAAUAUUCUCUGAAACAAGUUCUAAAACAAGUUGUUAGUUGAGAACAUUUUCUGUUAGCUGGGUAGGUUGUUAUUGGACAGGGGAAGUAUUUUUCCGUCGCAAUACAGAAAAACGUGAAACUUUCAACCAUUUACCUUUGGUAAAAAGUCAUUAUGUUUUUCUUUAAAGGUCAUAGUCAUUUCAGCAAUGUAAUCUUUGAAACGGUGGGCUUUGGUAGUGCAGUUCAGGGUAGGACUACAUCGCCACUAGGUGGCUAUAGACAUGCAUAACUUUCUCUUUAGAGAUAGCUAUACAGUACCUAGUACAUUAAAUUGUGACUAAUACUGUUGAAUUGCCUGGUCAUUUUCAACUUAACAGUGCCUUUCAAAUGUCAAGAUGAGUACAUGUAAAUGUUACUGAAAAACGGUGGAAUAAAUUGCUCCAGCAUUUUUAGGUUUGCUAACAGGUGACUAAAAUGAUUAUAAACUAAUAACAUUGGUUUGUAAAGAGAUUUUAUAUUUGAAAUAUCCAUCACUUCAUAAUGCCAAAUCUUUGUUACAAUGUUCUUUUCAGAUGUCUACUUCUUUUUAACAUUUCUAUCAGCACAACGACAAGGAGGAUGUAUUUAUUUAAAUAUUUCUCAUUCUGUUCUUUUUUUAAGUACAGUCAUUGUAUUUCAUUAAAGAUUUUGAACAUA